UUGCCCGUGCGCCCCCCGGAUCGGUCAGCCAGCCACGGACAAGCCCAGGCCGGACCUGUCAGCCUGCUGCUAACCCAUGGACGACUCCAUCGACGUGGUCGCCACAGGGGCCCAAAGCCCCACGUCCGAAGCGCCCAGCCAGGCGAGGACACCUCCGUCUCCCGCCCAGGGCGAGCCGGGCGCAAUAUCCCCGGGGCCAGCCGAAGGCCUGGGCUCCCCUUCGAGGAAAAAGGGGAAGAAGCCCUACUGCCGCCACGCUAAGCCGCCCUACACCUACUUGGGCAUGAUCGCGCUGGUCAUCCAGGGGUCGCCGCAGAAGCGGCUGACCUUAAGGCAGAUUAUCCUGGCCAUCAAGACCCUCUUCCCCGUCUUUAACGAGGGCUACCAGGGCUGGAAGGACUCGAUCCGCCACAACCUUUCCUCGAACAGCUGCUUCAGGAUGGAGCUCAAAAACAGCUCCAAACCGACUGCAAAGGGGAAUUAUUGGAUGGUGGACGUGGAGCGCAUCCCACCCGAAGCUCUAAAGCUGCAGAAUACGCCCCUCUCGCGUCAGGGACAGUUGGCUUUUGCCCCUGACCUUACCCCUUACGUGCUCCACGGCCGCCCCUACGCCACCCCUGACGGGACUGUUUCGCCAGCACCCCAACCGGCUCCAGAUGCCCCCAGGAUGGAAACCUCCAGACCGCCUCAGAGGAAAAGCUCCUUCACGAUCGAUUCCUUGCUGCACCAGUCGGACUCUGACUCUGAUACUGACUCGGAACCGCCAGGCGCUUCCCUUAAGUCAUCGCCUUGCUCCUGGGCGUCCCUGGAUAGCUGUGGCAAUUCCAUCUCCAGCCCUGAUCCGUCCUUGUCUUCCCCAUGGGACAGGGGCUGGCUGGGCUCAGACGCCCUCCCUGCAGUGGCUGCCCCUCCAGCCUGGGGCUCAGAAGGCUCUCUCCUUCCCCUGGCUUCUGUUGGCAGCCAGCAGACCCCUGUGACACCCUGGACCCACUUGUUCCCCUUCUACAGCAGUGGUGUGGCUCCCCGUUUGGGUGCCCCUUUGCCCCUCCAAGGCCUCUUGGCCUUCAUACCCCCAACAGCCCUGCCCUGCUGUGCGAGCCACCCCCCACACUCCACAAGGCCUGCCCACUGGGAGCCAGUGGUCCCGGCGGCGGCACCUCACUCGCCCACCCUGCAUCCAAGACACACAUUGUCCUACCUGGACCCCCGCAAUGCUCCCUCCUACGCCCUCCCACCUUGCUGUGCCCCCUGCCAGAUGCCACCAGGCCCAUCCCGCUACUAUCCCUUCUGAACAUCUUUUGCUGGAAGGGGCAGGCCCCCUUCCCACUCUCGCCCAUGCCUUGCCUUAUUUGUAUGGACUCUGU